GCUUUGUUGUUCAGCAUAAGCGGUGUAAAAUAGCGCCGCUGGAACAUUUAGUACUCUCGGUGGAAGAGGGCGGGUUUCCUCCCCGGCAGCGGCAGUGGCAACGCACAGUGCCCUUAAAGCGCUACGGGUACAUGUUGCACUUGCCGGCAAAAAAACAAAAUUUGGUUAAAGUUCUUUGCGGAUUACAUAGCCAAGCGCUUGACAGAAACCGGGGACAAAGGCGAAACAUUGUAAGGGAACAAAGGCAUGUCUUGAGAAAAUGGCCAAAUUUGAGGAUGUGUGUACAACUGCCCAGGCUCCAAGUGCCCUAUUUGCCUCGGAGGGUGUAGACAUCACUCCAAGCAAAGAUCGGGGGGUGUGCAAGAUUGUGAAGCGACAUGGUACAGAGGGAGAGAGGCCUAUGAUUGGAGACAAGGUGUAUGUCCACUACACUGGAAAAUUGCUUAAUGGCAAGAAGUUUGACUCCAGUUUUGACCAUAAAGAGCCUUUUGUCUUCAAUGUAGGCAAAGGCCAGGUGAUCAAAGCAUGGGAUAUUGCUGUGCGCUCCAUGCAGAAAGGAGAGGUGUGUCUGCUUAUGUGUUUGCCAGAAUAUGCCUAUGGCUCUGUUGGAAGCCCCCCAAAGAUCCCUCCAAACUCUACACUGUUGUUUGAGGUAGAACUGCUGAGUUUUAGAGGGGAGGAGCUUACCGAGGAUGGUGGUAUCUUAAAAAGAAUAAAGGUCAAAGGUGAAGGCUACAGCAAUCCCAAUGAUGGUGCCACAGUUCAUGUGCACCUGGAGGGAAGGUGUUGUGGCCGUUUGUUUGAUAUACGGGACACCACAUUUGUGGUGGGAGAAUCUGAGGACAUGGGUGUUCCUUUGGGAGUGGAUCGAGCCAUGGAAAAGAUGCAGAAAGGCGAAUGCUGUCUGUUAUACUUAAAACCCAAAUAUGGCUAUGGUAAAGAGGGAAAACCAGAAUUGAACAUCGGACCAAAUGCAGAACUUUUGUAUGAAGUGGCGCUCAAAGAUUUUCAAAAGGCCAAAGAAUGCUGGGAAAUGGACUUGAGCGAGAAACUAGAGCAAGCCGUUUUGGUCAAACAGAAAGGAACACAGUAUUUUAAGGCUGGCCGUUACUACCAGGCUAUCAUUCAAUAUCAGCGUAUUGUAACUUGGCUGGAGAUGGAGUGUGGAGCAGUAAAAGAGCAACAACAGGCCACUCAGGCCCUUCUGCUUGUUGCCCAUUUAAACCUUGCUCUGUGUUACCUACGUCUGCAGGAAUACUCUCAAACUGUUGAAAGCUGCAACAAGGUUGUAGAGCUGGACUCUGCGAAUGAAAAGGCACUGUAUCGGCGUGGAGAGGCUCGACUGCUGAGAAAUGAUUUCAGUCUGGCUCUAGUGGAUUUCCGGCAAGUUCUGAAGGUUAACCCCACCAACCGUGCAGCCCGCUGCCAGAUUGCGGUCUGUCAACGCAAGAUACGAGAACACCAUGAGCGUGAUAAAAAGAUCUAUGCCAAUAUGUUCCAGAGGUUUGCUGAACAUGAUGCCAAGAUGAACCGAUUAAAAAGGAGUAAAGAAGAUUGUGAAGUGCUAGAUCAAACCUGCAAGGCUGUGAAAAGGCCACGGAGAAGCCAGGAUGGCCCCUAAUGGUCCACAGUCCAUUCUGCAAUGCCUGUAACGCUGUGCAGUUGCAGGCUGGUUUUGACCUCAUGUACUGUGUGCAAAGUGCAGUAUUGAAAUGCAUGGUCAGCCCCUUUUCACAGUGACAUUACUGCUAUCUUUCAGAACCCAAAAGAAGAAGGCUCAGACAAGAUAAGAAGUAUAAGAGCAAGGGUCUCUAAAGAGUAUAAACUUAAAUGGCAUUCCAGCAGACAAAAUGCACACAUGACCACUGGUAUUCAACAUCUAACCUCCAUCACAUAUGGUGGGGUCUAAAAGUCACUGGGAUUUUAAUUACAUUUAAAAUAAGAAAUAAUCCGUAGGUUUAAUCCGCAGGUCCGUAUUUAGAAACAUUUAAAGCGCAAAAAAGUAAAUAUUCAAUUACUGCAAUAUUUGCUAUUCAAGUUCUUGUUUCCUAUUUAAAUGUAAGUUAUUUUGUGAUAUGGAUUGUGUUAACUGCUUUGUACAAAUAGGCAGAUUUUUUUUAUGCAUAAUCUCUUUUAUUGAUGCUUGUCUUCAGAUCACACUGUUGGAUUAGAACUAAAAUGGAUUCUUAGGUUUUAUACCAACUUGUGGAGUACAAAUUACUAAAAACUCUCAAAGUCAUGUCAAUAUUCCAAAAAUUCCAAUUUGUACAAAAGUUUUUUUCAACAAUAUAAUUUAUAAUUAAAAUUGUAUUACUUUAGGAAAGAAUGCAAGCAAGAAUCAAUAGUGCUCUCAGACUUUUGGACCCCACUGUACAUCUGAACCUAGCAAGGCAUUUGUAUAAUGUAAACAAUUCAAUGAUUAAAAGUUGGUACUGUAUAAUGUGUAUUUCAUAAUGUGGUAAAAUAUUAGUGGCUUGGAAUGAUUUCAAUAUUAGUCUUGAGCUAGACAUUGUGGGGAGGUUUGUCAGCAUGUUUGUGUUUAGACAAAUAACUACAUUGGAUAGCUGGACUCAAAUACUGUACUGCCUGUCUAACCAGCUUUGUCCUUCCUAAUCAGUUGACACACAAUGCAACCUUCCCUAUGGGAACAUGGACAAGACUAUCUGGCCAACUGAAAGGCUGUGGCUUUACUCUUUUUUGCACACUCCUUGUUGGAUGAAUAAAAUGUUUCAAAGUCA